AUGUCCAGUAACACCUCGUCGAACGCUCUUCAAGGAUGGACACCAUCACCCGAAGGUCGCGGUUCCCUCGACAUCCUAUGGACGUGCUUCGCCACGAUCUUUCUGUCAACCUGGUCAGCCAUCUGUCUCAAUGUACCAGAGCCCUACGACACAAUACGAACCCAUCUAGUCCGCAAGACCUGGAUAACAAUCAUCUCCAUCCUCGGCCCAGAGUUCCUGGCAGGGUACGCCCUAGGAGAAUGGCAAGCAGCGCGCACAUCAGUCCAACUCUUCCACGCUCUCCGUCAGGACGAUCGCUGGACACUGCGGCAUGCUUUCUUUGCAAACAUGGGCGGCUUCGCCAUGCGACUGACAAACGGUGAGGGAACAUACUUUCUCGACGCACCACAGAUCCUGUGGCUCGUGAAGCACAACGCAGUCAGCAUGGCGCGCUUCGAGGAAUGUUUCCUGCUCGAUCUCAAGACUAUCGACGAUAGGAACAAAGCUGACAGCUUCGUGCGUGUCCUUGCGGUGGGCCAAGCACUGUGGUUCACUAUCCAAAUCAUUGCGCGAGGUGCGCAAGGUCUAGCGGUCACGACUUUGGAAGUCACCGUCAUUGGAAUCAUUGUCAACAGUGUGGUUGUGUACUAUUUCUGGAAGAACAAGCCGGCCGAUGUGGAGUCCAUUGAGGUUAUAGAGCUCGACUUUACAAUCGAGCAACUGCUCCGGCUCGAGGACAGCGACGACGAGGUGCGACGGACCAGAAGAUCAUACUUUCGCACGCCACUCGAGUUCGUCGACGACAAGACGUGGUGGUGUAGUCUCAUCUAUACAUACCUGAUCAACAUCCUGAAGGGAAUCUUCCGUGUCAUUCUGCCUUGGAGGAGGAAUCACAACAAACACAACUCUGAGAUCUCCAAGAACAAGGUCUCCCUUGGUCGACGCUCCGACAACGACGUCCUGCCUCUGACUGGUCGCACCCUAGCCAUCGCGACAGGCUGUUCCAUUGCUUUCCUCGGCACCAACUUCAUUGCCUGGCACUUCCAUUUCCCAACCAGCACAGAACGCCUGCUGUGGCGCGUGUGUUCGUGCAUCUUGCUCGGGUCCCUCGUCGGUCUCGUAGGCGCAGAAUGGGCUUAUUCAAGAGACAACGUGGCAAAGAUGCAGGCACAGGUGCGGCAGCGAAGGGAAACCCAUCGAGAGGAUGAGAAGCAAAGACGACGGGCACCAGGCGCCAAAUUCUCGUCAUGGCAGUCUAUCCGUUUCCGCUACGACUCCUUGAUGCUGAACAUCUGCAACAACAGCCCAGAGGGCAAUCCGGCUCUGGAUGUCUCGCCUGUGUUCGCGAUCGGUGGCACGGCUGCAUUUGCUGUGUACUUUUGUGCACGCGUGUAUAUCAUUGUCGAGGACCUGAUUGCGUUUCGCGCGAUGCCGCAGAGCGCGUUUUAUACUGUUGACUGGUGGACGUUGCUGCCCCAUCUGGGGUGA